GUAAAGUUAACAUUUUAAUUUAUUAAAUACGGAUAUUAAACGUGUUAUAUGGUUUUAUACGUGUUUAGUAUGGGAGCCAUCAAAUGAACGACAACAAAUGAAACGACUUGACAAUAAUACAAAUACGAAAGUUUUAAACGGAUAAAAUACGUACGAGUACAUAUACAUGUAUUAAACGGAGUAUUUACUAACUAUGAUAAUGACUACAUAACCUAAGAACUAGGAUUAAUGGUGGAAUAUUCAUUUUGUUUGAGGUUUUUUUUAUGAUGUGAUUGUAUGAUUGAAUAGUUUGAUUAGACUAUUAAUUAUUUGGUUGUCAAAAACUAAGUUAACUUCGACAAUGACUACUGAAAUUAAUUAUAUAUUAUAUAGUAUAUUAAAAACUAUAUGAGAACCAUUUUAUUAUGGGAUUUACCAAUCGAAAAGAGUAAUUUACUAAAAAAUAUAGAAAAGAAAAAAAAUUCACGUUCUUCCAGGAAGGGAGGGCUAGGAAAACCCUAUUUAUUGAAUUAUAAAAAUUACGGACAACCAAGGUUGUCAAACCGGUUUGUGCCAGUGUGUCGGUUUAGCAAGUGAAAUGGUUCGACCGGUGGUACAUACCGGUUUGUGCCGGUUAAUGUUACAAAUAAUUUACAAAUACUCAUAUUUAAGCACGACAUUUAACGUCAAUACCUAAAUGUUUGUACUUGAAUCCAACAAAUAACAUCAACAUUUAACUUUUUGACACAUAAAAUAAAUAAUAAAUUACUUUUUAUCAAAUAAAUUCACUAAUAUAAGAUCAUUUUACUUAGAGAUUCGUAUAUCGAUCAUGCCGGUCAUACCGGUUUUAUGACCGGUAUAGAUUGAACCAGGUUCACCAGUAGUACGACGACCGUCGUGACAACCAUGCGGCCAACUGACCGGGUUAAAAGCUAGUGUGGAAGAAUAGUCCAGUAGAAUGGAGUUAGAUCGUCGUAGAUAAGCAAGGUAAAGGUAGGCAGGCACGGCGGCCGGCGGCGGUGGCGGUUGUGCGACGGUGUUAGGAGGGGGGUUGGUGGCUAAAGCGACAAAUCACCAGAAUUACCUGCAAAUUUCAAAGCUUCCAUUUCCCAUUACCACCAACCAACUAAGGAAAAAAAAAAAACUAAUCAAUUAAGACUUUCACAGUUUCACUUUAACACCUACUACUGGCUACUCCCCCCGCCCGCCCCCAAGAUCCGAUCCCGUUUAUUCCGCUGUUAUAUAUCUUCGGCUUCGACCCUCCCCUUUUGUUCGCCUCUCUAUUGCACCGAACCGGUAAAAAGGAGAAACCUUUCUCAGUCUCCUCUCCAGUACUACACUGCAGAGAUUUGCAAAGCAGCAACAGCCUUUUCUUUUCCCCCAAUUCCUAGAUCCGAAGAAUGGCGUGCGAGGGUACCUUGUUGGGUAUGGGAAACCCACUCCUCGACAUCUCUGCUGUUGUCGAUGACGGCUUCUUGUCAAAGUAUGACAUCAAGCUAAACAAUGCUAUCCUGGCCGAAGACAAGCACUUGCCCAUGUACGAUGAAAUGGCAGGAAAAUACACUGUUGAUUUCAUUGCUGGAGGUGCCACUCAAAAUUCCAUCAGAGUUGCCCAGUGGAUGCUCCAAAAGCCAGGUUCAACAAGUUACAUUGGUUGCAUUGGGAAGGACAAGUUUGGAGAAGAGAUGAAGAAAAAUGCUAAGGAAGCUGGUGUCAAUGUCCAUUACUAUGAGGAUGAAGCUGCACCCACUGGAACAUGUGCCGUCUGUGUUGUCGGUGGUGAGAGAUCGCUUGUUGCAAAUUUGUCUGCUGCGAACUGUUACAAAGCUGACCAUUUGAAGAAACCUGAAAACUGGGCACUAGUUGAGAAGGCCAAAUAUUACUACAUUGCUGGAUUUUUCUUGACCGUGUCUCCCGAAUCUAUUUUGCUUGUUGCUGAACAUGCAGCUGCCAAGAACAAGAUCUUCUCGACCAAUCUUUCUGCACCGUUUAUCUGUGAGUUCUUCAAGGAUGUCCAAGAGAAAGUUUUGGCUUAUGCAGACUUUGUCUUUGGCAAUGAGACUGAAGCUAGAACCUUCUCAAAGGUUCAUGGAUGGGAGACUGAGAAUGUCGAGGAGAUUGCCAUCAGGAUCUCCCAAUGGCCCAAGGCCUCUGGGGCACACAAGAGGAUUACUGUCAUCACACAGGGUGCCGACCCUGUUGUCGUGGCAGAAGAUGGGAAGGUGAAACUAUUCCCAGUGACCUUGUUGCCUAAGGAAAAGCUCGUUGACACCAAUGGAGCCGGGGAUGCAUUUGUCGGCGGGUUCUUGUCGCAAUUGGUGCAGGAGAAGCCCAUUGCAGACUGUGUCAAAGCCGGCACCUACGCAGCCAACGUGAUCAUCCAGAGGUCUGGCUGCACAUACCCAGAGAAGCCAGAGUUCAAUUAGAUCCUUCCAAUUUUGGAAUUCCCCCACAAGAGCGCACAUUCUUGUAGCAUUGGAUUCUAAGGAGUCCUCUACAGCUUGAAACAUAUAUCAAUUUGCUGCGGCCUUUAUAUUAUCAUAUGUUACCACUCAAAACCCAUGAACCCAGAGGAUUUUUUGGUAGAGGAAUUCUAUGCUUCUUGGUUCCCGAUGCCUCUAAUGUGCUUGUGGGAUAGAUACAUUGUGCUAUUUUAUCACUGGAAUUUGUUUUUUGGCUUCAAAGUUUUUAGUUCUGGAAAUGAACCAGAUGGUUCCGAUGUAUUGCUCUUUGUAUCCUUUUACCCGCCCUUGUAAUAUGAUGUGUUUUGCCUGGUUUCAAUUGCGUCUGUUCUGUUCUGCCAUGAAGGCUGAAAAGGCCAAGCCUGUCGGAUGUCGAUAUCAGAUAUCAAAAUCAAACGUGUAAAUGCAG